GUGAUCGCUGAAGCGUGGCCGGAAACAGAUUUGCCGCGCCGCCAUCAUGCUUUGAAAGAGAUUAUGCGUGCCAGGGGAAGAAAAUUUUGUCGUACACGAAUAUAGUGAGAUGGCCCGCCUGGAGAUACGGCGAUUUUCAGACCCAGACAUAGCUAGAGGUAUUCACGAUGCUAUCAAGAAAACUGUGGAUCAAAAACAAUGCCCAAUUUUUGAACGUAUAUUCAGGGCUUUGGUUAUUGAUGGUUAUAAGCUGACACAACGAGAAACUGAACAUCAACUCAAGUAUUCAGUAAAAGAUGGCCUGAUUACAGAAGUUAAGGCGACAUCAAAUCACGGGCAAAAUAAAGGGAAGGGACUCAUCGCUUAUCGGCUUAUUCCCUCAGCAACUUUCGAAAAGCAUCAUGAUAAUAGUGGCCAUGACUGGUACUGCUGGGAAUGUCACAGAGAAGGGGAAGUUGCAUUGUGCUCAAAGUGUCCAAGGGUCUUUCAUAAAAGAUGCAUUGGCUUGUCAAAUGUUGAUCUUCAAAAGCAAUUUGUUUGCUCAGUUUGCAAGGACCUUGAGACUGUUACACCAUGUACAAAUCGGAAGGACCUUGCUGAUCUCAAUACAAUGUUUACAUUUGCGAUUAGCAGAAUGAAACAGAAGGCUGAUGACUUGUAUCAUCCAGUAAAGGAAGACAAAGAACCAUAUUACAAAAUGUUUGUUUAUAAACCAGUAUGCUUUGAGGAAAUUGAAAAGCGAGUAGCAAAAAAAGAAUUCACAAGUGUUAAACAAUUUGUUGCUGAAAUCGACUGGAUCUAUCAUAAUGCUGUGGUAUAUCACAGCGCGGAAGAUGGGUUGACUGAGCUGGCAAAAACAGUCAUCAGUGAUGGGAAGCGUGAGCUGAGUCAAAUUGAAAUUUGCGCAGAUUGUUAUAUUUUGUCAAACAAAAGGCCUGCAAACUGGUUUUCCAUCCCUUGCAGAAAACCCCACGAUGUUGGCUAUGCAAAACUAGGGAGUGAUCCGCCAUGGCCUGCAAAGAUUUUGAGAAGGUCUGAAGAUGGUUUGAAUGUUGACGUAAGAUUUUUCGGUCCACCUCAUCAAAGGGCGUGGAUCCCUGCUAAAAACAUUUUUGAUUUGAGCUAUAAACCACCGCUAAAGAAGAAGUCUAAAAUAUGGAACCAGGCCAUUUUUGAGUUGAAUGAGCACGUUCGGAUUUUGAAGGAGAGGAAAUUGGAAGUUAAUGGAAUAAAGGAAAUCGAUGAAAUUCUGAAGGAAUCAGAAAAACCGGAGACUCCACCAGCUGUGCGAAAGAGAGGCCGAAAGAAGCGGAAGUUGACAAGCAACUUGUCUUGUGAUUCAGAUGGAAAUAAUAGCGAAUCAUUGGACGCGGCUUCGGUAGGAGGCGACAAUGGAGAAAAUGGGGAUAUCAACAUGGACAGUAUGCGAAUGACAGAUGAUUAUAAAAUGAUUGCAAAGUUAAGGGAAACGGUGGAAAAAUUGGAGUCAACGUUGCAAGAGACGCGAACAGAACUCGAGGAGGAGAAGCUAACAAACGAAAAAUUAAGGCAAGAAUUAGGAGCCACGAAAAAGGAGUCAGAAGAAGCCAUUUUAGGUAUGAAGGAAGAACUGCAAUUAGAAGCUCAGCGUGAAAAGGCAAGUGCAAUUGAGCUGUAUAAGAAGGAAAUGCAAGUUACCAUCGAGGAGAAAGUUGCGGAGGAGCUCGAAAAAGAACGAAUGAAGUGUGAGGAAAGAAUCAGGGAGGUGACCGAAAAAGAGCGUAAUGACGCUAAUGAAAAAUUAACCGAAAGCGUGGCCAAGGAACGGUCACAGGCAGAAACGAGGCUACAGGCAAUUAUGAAGAAAGAUCGCGAGGAAUUCCAACGUAAUAUCGAAAGUUUUCGAAGAGACGCCGAAGGAACUGCACAGCGGCAAGUGGAAGAGUUGACCCGGAAAUUGAAAUCAGAGGAACUUGAGAAACGAAUUGCGCAGGAAAACGUGCGAAGGGCGCAGAUGGAGACGGAUAGGAUUGUUAGGGAUGCAAUUAUGACAACAAAAAAGAAGUCGUGGUGCUCGAACUGCUCUUCGGAAGCUUUUUAUCAUUGUUGUUGGAAUACAAACUAUUGUUCUACCGAUUGUCAACGGGUGCACUGGGCGGCCCAUCGAUAUCAGUGUACAAGGGAUCUUAUGAACACGUGCAGGAAUUGUCAGCAACGUCAAACAUUCCCUGGUGCGCCUCCACCGAAUUUCGGUGGACCCCAGCUACAGCCAAAAUAAGAAGGCAGUUUGCUUCAGUUUGGGAAACUUCUGAUAUAUGUAUUUGCUACAGAUGCCGUUUUGACAAAAGAAGUCUCAAGGGUUAUUGAUGUCAGUGACAUGAAAUGGUGAGAAAAUUCAAGCAAUGGAGAUUAAAUGCUCGACGAACCAAAAGGAAAAUAAGAAUGAUUCGUAUGUUUUAUUGUAGUUAGACAUUUUCUACUUAGCGAGUAGCUAUUUUUAUGGUAUAGAAUACAAGUCGAGGCGUAUGGCUAGUCAGCCAAAGUAGUUGUCAUAGAAUGUGGUCAUAUUUAGUCGACCUUGACGUACUAGUUAAGUGAACACCAGCGUCCUGCCCUUAUUUUGUAGAAUUAGAAAGCCAGUUUCUGUUAUCUUAGUUGCAGCGUUGUCGUUUUUUGCUAUCUGUAUGAUUCUCUUUAAUGGGCUAUUACACUAACGAGAAUAGAAUAGUCGUUCCAUAUGAUAAAAUUGUUUGUUAAAUAUCAAAUUAGAUAAAUUACCUAGCGACUAUGGUGUAUUUUAAUCUGAAAAAUCAUCAAAACUGACAUUACCAUUUGGAGGUGAUUUUGUCAUUUAUUUUAUUAUCGAUGGACAUCCAAUAGCUUUCAGGGAUCCUUUGAAAAUUUAUCAAACUUAUUUUUUGCAGCAUGUAAUGUCCGUAGAUGACUUGCAGUUGAGUUUCCCAACAGGGCAUCAAUCGAUUAGCUGUUCUUUAGUUUUAUAGCUUAUUUUUUGUAUGAAUCACUGUAUAAAUCUAUACAUACUAACGUAUUGAAUUGGAGGGCCUUCGUUUUAUUGUACAUACGACUAUGUGAUGGAUAAACACUAACCACUUUAGCGCAUCGUGUGCAAGCAAAGAUUUGAUCCAACAAGCUAAAAAAUAUUGUCAAUGUUGGAUGCACGUGAAAUGUCAUAAUACGUUGCCGUUUUUAUUACUCCCCAGCUUUCAAGAUGCUGGCACUUUUUCAACUGGAGAUUUUUUUAUUACUUAGUUUUUCUUAAGUUAUGGUUUUAACGCAGAUUGUCAGAGUUACAUUUUCGAUAGUUUAGCCUUUUUAUUUUAAAUAACUUGGAGUUCGAUCAUAUCUAGACUUUAUAUAUCAUGUAUUAAAUUAUGAAGUUUGUCUCGUGAUAAAUUAUUUGCAUUUAAUAAGUCUUUGGCACCAUUUGUACCAUGUUAUGUGUAUUUCUGCUGCUGGCUGUCAUAUUUGCUGAUUAAAGUCUUCUUUGGGGCUUAUGGAAAAACCUCCAUUGUUAAUUAAGUAAUCCGUUUAUCUUUGACUACGCGAAGGGAAACAUCUGGCCAUGCCCUUGCAAAGAUACACAAUUGUUAAAACUUCAGAAUAAUCAAAUCUAAUUUAGAUAAAAAGGACUACUAACAAAUCGCGUUUUGACAAUUUGUUGACAGUUUUAAAUCUUUGCAUGUUGUUGACUUAGCGUUGCUUUCUUGUGCUGCUAAACUUUAGAAGUUGGGCCUAACUUGAACAUCAAGGGGACUGUCAGCGACAGUUUGCAGCAUUCCAGCUUCCGUAUUGCAAUUAGGCACGAAUGAAAUUCGUUAGUUUAUCAGUUUAUCAGUACCUCUAGUUGAUUUAGUUCAAGUUUUGAUUUCGUAAUAAAUGAUUUGUCAUGUAAAUAUGUGAUCGAUUUA